GUCCAUUGUGCUUGCUCUGCAGCUAUUUUCCGGCCCGUCACAGCGGAAUCAGCCAAGAUGUCCGACUACGAGGAUUCAAUGGAUGUGGACGCUCCCCCCAGGAGCGCCAUCCAGUUCAGCUCCGACAACACCAGCGUCAAGGCCAAGAGGACGGCGGCCGAUCUGCCUGUCGAAGCCCAAGAUAACCUACCUUGGGUGGAAAAAUACCGCCCCAAUUCCCUUGAAGAUGUCUCCGGCCACAAAGACAUCCUCGCGACCAUCAACAAAUUCGUCGAAGCCAACCGCCUCCCCCAUCUCCUUCUCUACGGCCCUCCCGGAACGGGCAAAACAUCCACAGUCCUCGCCCUCGCCCGACGGAUAUACGGAGCCAAGAACAUGCGGCAGAUGGUGCUGGAGCUGAACGCCAGUGACGACCGCGGUAUUGACGUUGUUCGCGAACAGAUCAAGACCUUUGCCAGUACAAAACAGAUCUUCUCCAUGGCCCCCUCCGCCGGCCCGGGGGGCUCCCUCGCCUCGUACAAACUGAUCGUGCUCGACGAAGCCGAUGCAAUGACUUCUACGGCGCAGAUGGCGCUGCGCCGCAUCAUGGAGAAAUACACAGCAAACACACGGUUCUGCAUCAUCGCCAACUACACGCACAAGCUGUCCCCGGCGCUGCUGUCCCGAUGUACCCGGUUCCGGUUCAGUCCGUUGAAGGAGCAAGAUAUCCGAGUGUUGGUGGACCAGGUGGUGGAGAAGGAGCAUGUGAACAUCCAGCCGGAGGCAGUCGACAGUCUGGUCCGACUAAGCAAGGGAGAUAUGCGUCGGGCGUUGAAUGUCCUCCAGGCGUGCCACGCGAGCAGCAUACCACUCCCCAUGAAGAACGCCCCGAAAGACCAACCCAUUCCCGAGGCGGAGACGAUCACGAAUGAAACGAUUUACGAUUGCAUUGCGGCGCCGCAUCCCUCGGAUAUCGAGGAGAUCAUGACGACGCUCCUCGCCACGAGCGAUGUCACUUCCUGUCUGAAUACGGUGAAUACCCUCAAGGCGAACAAGGGCCUGGCCCUAGCGGAUAUCCUCUCCGCGCUGGCGGACCAGCUGCAACGGCUGGAAGUCCCGGCGCAGACGAGAGUGACGUGGCUGGAGGGGCUGGCGGAGAUCGAGUGGCGGUUGUCGGGCGGGGGGUCGGAGACGAUGCAGACUGGGGGGUUGGUCGGGGUGGUGCGGAAUGGGUAG